CUUAAAGUUUUUCGGCAAGAUGUAAAGAAGAGCCCACCGGCUUAUCCAGGUAGAUAAUAGAAAAAUUUGAAAUAGCCAAUUAGGUCUAAUUUCCCCGGAAAUCAACUUGAAUCUACGGGUUUGUUAAACAAUCGACCAAUCCAUUUGACAUUGCUUGUUUGAAAUUGUAUCUCACGGUCACGUGAUUGGUCCUCGUCAUCGGACAUUGAUCUCACCUAUUGCUAAUAAUAAAAAUAUUAUUCCAGAGGAAAGGGACAAAAAAUGGUCUGCAUCGCGAAUCUUAACAAAUACGCUACCAUUCUUCUGCCAUGACCUACUUUCGCAAUAAAAGAAUCCAACACAAAAGGCACUUUACCUUGCCGAAGUUAAAAGGCUGAUUACGUAAAUAUCCAUUCAAAAAGACUAACAACAACAAACAGUUCUUGAAGAAACAUAAUAGAUGUGGUUUUUUCCCUCUUUCUCAAUCGGCUUAACUGUGAAGGUUUGUAGAGAAAGGGCUUAUGUCAACUGUUAAAGAUUUAUGCAUACGAAAUGUUCUCGUUUUAAAUGGGGGGGGGGGAAUUGUAUCGUAUUACCAUUGGAAUUUACGUCUUUUGUGUUUAUGUUACGUCAUUUCAAUUGUUCGGGAAUUUCGGACGAGCCCCUCUCUCCUGAACCAAUAAGAAAUGAAGAAAACAUCAGCCCAUUUGCUUGUGCCAUUCUCUUCGGGAAAUCCGCAAUUGUACCGCCCACACCGCCCUGUAGCGAUAGAGUCAUGCCCGUGCGUGUAGGGUUCUCGUGAAAAAGCCCCAUGCUGGACAUGGCUCAUAUAUCAGUUGCAGUUAGACAGUCGGUUGGGCCAGUCCGUCUCGCACCGUUGUCUUGGUUUUAUUUUUCUUGACUGCUAGCUGCUUCUCGUAUAUCGUGCGUGAUUCCCGCACGUUACCUCGUCCGUCAACUGUGUCUGGCAACAAAAAAAAAGAAUUCUCUGGAGAGAAAAUCCGGUUGGCAACAGACGAGUGUCCGCGUCGACCCGUUCAAAUAUUUGUGCUCUUGUUUUCAAAGUCUGGUGGACAUUUUUGACAAUAGAGUGAUACGAAUUGCAAUUUCAUCGCGACUCGUCUGCCCAGCCAGUGUUAUCAUCAAAAGUUGACGGAUGGAAUGGUGUAUUGGAAGGUGACUUGAAUAAUUCAGCCUUAAACAUAAUGGAUGUCCAACGCAACGCUAAAAAGUGUAAAUUCCAAGAGGAUCAUCAUCAUCGUCCAUCGGAUGUGAAUAAACAAGUGAAACCAAUUCCACUCCCGGCAGAUCCUUGCCCACUUUUACGUCCUUACUGCCAUCAGGUCGGAGGACAUACCCAGUUCUUGCAGCUGGAUCAAUCCACCGUGUGCAAGCCUUUGAUUCCACGUGAGUUGAGUUUCUACCUGAAUGCACCUGCCGACAUUCGCACAUUCACUCCACAGUGCAAAGGUGUGAUCCAGACAUGGCACCAAGAAGGUCGCCAAUACUGGAGGCGUUUCGCCAUGGAUGAAAUCAGCGUCACGGCGUACCAUUCGGAAAUCUCAUCUCAUCAACACAGCCGUCACGAUGCUCCAUUGAGGAUAUCUCUGGCCGGCCAUGAAGCCAUUUCUUACCAUCCGGCACACACCUACACUGAUGGAUCGUCUCAAUUUUUUAUGAUGCUGGAAAAUGUGGCAUCCGCUUUCAAAUUCGAGCGCCCGUGCGUCUUGGAUUUAAAGAUGGGCACCAGGCAACAUGGUGACGACGCAUCCGCCGAGAAAAGGAACAGGCAAAUGGCCAAAUGCGCAGCUAGCACUUCCGCCUCUCUCGGACUCCGGCUCUGUGGCAUGAAGGUUUAUGAGGCAACGUCUGACAAGUUCGUCAGUCGGGACAAAUAUUUUGGUCGGCGGCUCGAUGCGGACGGAUUGCGUAAAGCGUUGGUCCAGUUUUUCGCUAGCGGAGGAGCACGACGUAACGGAAUCAUUGACGCUAUCCUUGAACGACUAAGACUCCUCCGCAAGGCCGUCGAACAGCAGGAGACGUUCCGUUUCUAUUCUAGCUCCCUGUUGAUUGUCUACGAAGGAUGUGACGAAAGUAGCGAAUAUUUUUCCAGUCCGGAUUUCCAUUUUCUGAUCCCGUUCCAUGGCGGCAGACGAUCCAAUUCGGAUUGCGAAUUAGAGAGAAUAGGUGAUAUGGAUCAUAGAAAAAUGGGCAAGAGUCAUUACAAGCCGGCCAGGUCCAGUUCGGAUGCUCAGAUUCCGCAACUUAAACAAGUAGCUGUACCGCAUCGACAUCAGCAAAGAAAUCAACUUGAUUUCGAUUCGCUGUCCAUUACGGACACGUCGAGCGAUUGCUAUUUGACGGACAGUUGUGACACUCAGUCUUUCAGCACGAGUCCACAGUCUGUGGACAGCGAACUCGAAUGCUUCAUGAUGGAUCAAAAUUCUUCUUCGUCCAGCACGGCCAGCACUACUGAUUAUAGCUGGCCAAAUCCUAGCGCAUGUCAAGCUGGAGGACGUUUCAAGAGAAUCUUUAGGCAUUCGGUAGCAACUGGAACUCAGACGGGAUACGAAUGUGACAAUUCAACCGACAGCACUGACAGUGGAGUCUUUUCUUCAUCCGCUGGAUUCCAUCAAUUGAACACUGCUAAAAAGACUGUUCUAAUGAAGCGAUCAGCUGCUGUGUACAUGGAUAGCGAAGAAGACAGCGAAAGCGACAUGGAACAUAACAAUCAGCAGAAAUCUUGCCGUCCACUGGAUUUAGAGCAAUGCGGGACGGUGGGAUCAGCAGGGGACGAAGAAGGCGAAUUGACACCUGUGCUGGAAAUGAGCCGGACUGAAGAGUUCACAGUAGAUGGAAGCCAAAAGAAACGCCGAGUAAUGGAAGAAGUGAGUCCAGCUAGCAAGAUGGAUAAUUGCUGGGCAGAUUGCGUCGAUGUCCGAAUGAUCGAUUUCGCGCACACGACUUUCUCCGGCUACCUCGGACUGGACGAAAGGGUCCAUUGGGGACCCGACAAUGGAUAUCUUUUCGGUCUUGAAACCUUAACCGGCAUCUUAAAAGAAUUACGAGGAGAUUCAAUCAUCGUACCACUAGAGCAUUGUUGAAACUUGGCAAUCAACACUUUUUUUCGCUCUAUUGAGUUUCAAUUAAUCGUUUUGAUUGUUGGAAGGAAAGAUGUGUUGGUGACUGGGAAUCGGUUUUUUUGCCGCUAAAUGACAUUUGAAUUUUUAAGGGUAGAUCUCUUCUCACUAUUUCACACUGGAUACAUCAUUUUCUCAAACUGAAUAUCAUUAUUAGCCCCUCCCCGAUUGCAGAAAGACUGCGUUUAGGUCAAAGUGAACAAGUGUAAACCCUGUGCCUCCCUUACCCUUUUCUAGCGAUGACGAUAGAAAAUCAAAAGGGGAGAAAACAAAUUUGUACCUGUCCCACUUUCUGUUAAAACCUCAAAAACUUUCAUCGUUCGUGAUGAACGAUCAAAGUUUAUCCCCAAUAAUUUUUGUCUGUGUCGUUGGUUUUGUUCGUGUAUUGGUUUGAUAAAUCGACGAUUAUUUUUUAUUGAAAACUAAAAACUAAAAAAAAAAGGAAUGAAAACGAACAAGACGAUACACUUAGCAGAUUACAUUAGGACAUGAAAUAAUUCAACAGUUAAUAUUUGUCUUCCUACCCCUCACGCGACCAUUUAGGUUUGAAAAGUAUCAACAUAGAUGUCUAAUCGAAUGAUAUAUAUGUAAUAUAAACCCGUAUUUUGGCGCCUUUUUUUCAAAUAAAAGCUAUUUGACACUGCCAAAA